AUGUCAAGUUUGGAGUCUCUGAAGAAGCACUCGACUGUGGUCGCCGAUACUGGUGACUAUCAAGGUAAUUUUGAUGCUAGUUUUGAAGAUAGUGUAGUAUAUUAUAAUAAUGCUUUCAUGAUUUUUAUAUCGUUCAUAUUUUUUUAAUAAGAUUUUGACUUUUUUGUUAUGUUUGCUUUGUUAUUUUGCAAAUAAUCAUUGUUUUGGAUAGGCCAACAAUUAGAAACUUCAAUUAUUUAUAGAAGUUUUAGUGUAACAGUGUAAUUGAGAUGACUUGUGGUUGUAAUGUAGCAAUUUUGUCUGUUAGAUGACCUUGAGUAUGUUGUACUUUGAAACAUUUUUUGAUUAAUGGCUUGUUACUUUGUAAUCAAUGGUUUUUAAAGGUUUAAAAGCUUGUACUACAAGUGAUUAACAUAUGUUUUUGCAGCCAUCAAGGAGUUCCAGCCAACUGAUGCCACUACCAACCCCAGUUUGAUCUUGGCCGCUUCUAAAGUCGAUGCCUACAAACCGCUGAUUCAGAAGGCUGUGCAAUAUGCGAAGGAAAAGGCUUCUGGAAAGCCAAAGGAGGAAGUUAGAGCAUUGGCCAUUGACAAGUUGUUCGUUUUGUUUGGAAAGGAAAUCCUUCAGAUCAUUCCUGGACGUGUUUCUACAGAAGUCGAUGCACGGUAUGUUCAAAAUAUGUUUUUGGUUAAAAAUUUGCAAAAUUGUUCGCUACUUACUGACACGGCACUAUUAUUGUAUAUUCGCAUCUUUAAUACUAUUAUUGUUCAAGUUUUACGUUAAUUUAAUUUUAGCCUGUCAUUCGACAAAGAAGCCUCGGUUCAAAAAGCUUUGUCGCUGAUCAAACUGUACGAGGAAGAAGGUAUCUCCAAGGAAAGAAUCCUCAUCAAGUUGGCUUCAACCUGGGAAGGAAUCGAAGCUGCUCGUGAGCUUGAAUCCAAACAUGGCAUCCACUGUAACAUGACACUGUUAUUCAACUACGAACAAGCCAUAGCUUGUGCGCAAGCUAAUGUCACUUUAAUCUCGCCCUUCGUUGGCCGUAUCUACGAUUGGUAUGUGAAGAGCACGGGAAAGAAGGACUACACCAGAUCUGACGAUCCAGGAGUCCAAAGUGUCACCAAGAUCUUCCACUACUACAAGAAGUUUGGCCACAAGACUCAAGUUAUGGCCGCUUCCUUCAGAAACACAGAAGAGAUCAAGGGAUUGACUGGUUGUGAUCUUUUGACUAUCAGUCCAGCCUUGUUGGGACAAUUGGCUAAGGAUUCCGAGACUCUGGAGCCGGUAUUGACUGUAGAAAAAGGUAAGCAGUUUCAAAAUUUGGCCAUUUUUUGAGCUUAUUACUUUGGCCGAAGUUCAAUUUGUUUUUAUAUGUUUUUCAACAUAUUUUAAGGCAUGUGUUCUUUAAACGUCUUCAGCCAUGUUUACUAAUUAUUUCAAGCCUCCGGCAUUAAUAAAUGGCGUUUGAUAAAAAAUUUCUUUAGUUUAUUAUUUUAUCAGACGUAUUUUGCAAUAUCAAGCUGUAAACACAAAGUAUAACAUAGUCUUUGAACCUAUUUUUGUCGGUUUGUCUAAAAAAACCAAAAAUUGAAUCAAAAUGUUGUAGAAGGUAUAAUUUUUUAAAAAUUUUUUAAAUGAGGCAAAGUUUAAGCAUCAUAAAAAGGUGAAAAAAUUCUUUUUUAUUAACUAAUUGCUAUUAAUUGUAGCCAAGAACGCUGACCUGAAGGAAGUUAAAGUGACAGAACAAGUGUUCCGCUUCCAACUGAACGAAGAUGCUAUGGGAACAGAGAAGUUGGCCGAAGGAAUCAGAAAGUUCGCGGCCGACGCCAUCACUCUAGAACAACUGGUAGACCAACAACUCUAA